CCUGUUGGCACAUACUGUAUAUAGGGUUCUCUUUUCCUCCCGCUCUCGAAUUUGAGUUCUCAGAGUUACGCAUGCGCGGUGAGUGAGGCGCUGGGUCCUUGGUCUUCAAGCGGAGGGCGUACGGCGCUCCCGUUGUUUGGCCGGCGGAAGAUGGAACGGGCGGCCAGCAAGGACUGGAAGGCAGCACCGCGGCUUCUCCCCUCCGCCGCCCGCCCCUCCCCUCCGGCCUGCGGAAAUGGUCAGCAGCUCUAUGAAUGCCCAAUAUGCCAGCUCAUUUGCACAGAUUACCCAGUUCUACAAGAACACGUUGAACUCCAUUUGGAGGAAUGCAGCUUUUUAGAAGGAAGAAACUUGGGUGACUUGGAAUUGGCACAACAGCUGCAGAAUGAGGAAGACAGGCAAAGAAAAGAAGAAACAGCAAGACAAGAAAGACAAGAGUUUCAAAAGCUACAGAAACAGUAUGGGUUGGAUGGCUCUGGAGGAUACAAGCAACAGUCACUAAAGAACAUGGAAAAAGAUGUGGCUUUGGGAAGAAUGCAACCAUCUGAAUAUCACACAAAGAAAGUUGAUAUGAUGGAAUCUUUGGCUUUUGGCAUUGAUGAUGGAAAGACGAAGACUUCAGCAGUGCUUUCACCAUGGCUUUGGAUGAGGAAGAAGACCACGCGAUGUCUCUUUUGCCCAUUUGGAAGAGGAGAGGAAAAACAGGAGACCGGAAUUACUGAAGCAUUAUUUCAGUACUACCAGAAUGAAUGUAAAGACAUAAAACAUGUAUGGCUUUCCACAGGAGUGGAUCACUUCCACUUUUGUUCUGGAGACAAAGGCUGGGGUUGUGGUUACAGGAACUUUCAAAUGUUGCUUUCUUCUCUCUUGAGAAACAGCAUCUAUAAAGACUACUUAAAAGAGAACUCAUCCAUUCCUUGUAUUCCAAAAAUUCAGUCAUUGAUUGAAGACGCCUGGAAGGAAGGUUUUGAUCCCCAAGGAGCUUCUCACUUCAACAGCAGAUUACAUGGUACUAGGGCAUGGAUAGGAGCAUGUGAAAUUUAUUCCCUGUUAACUUCUCUCAGGCUAAAGUCUCAGAUCAUUGACUUUCACCAGCCAACUGGCCCUUCAGGAACUCAUCCUCGUUUGUUUGAGUGGAUAUUGAAUUAUUAUUCUUCAGACAAGGAGAACAGUGCAAAAGUAGUGUGUUCCUCCCGGCCACCUAUCUACCUCCAGCACCAAGGCCAUAGUCGUACUAUUAUUGGCAUAGAAGAAAGGAAGAACAAGAGCUUGUGUCUACUAAUAUUUGAUCCUGGCACCCCCUCACAAGAAAUGCAGAAACUCUUAAAAGGCAUUGAUGGGAACAAUCUCAGAUCACUUCGAAGAUUUGCUGGAAAUUUAAAACAUAAUCAGUAUCAAAUAGUAGCCAUAGAUGGUGUGCUGUCAGUGGAGGAGAAAAUUGUUCGCAGGAAGGCUUCACAACUUUUCACAGCUCAAAGAAUUCCUUGAAACCCUGAAGAAUCCAAUUGAAAAAAGUUGCAAGAGAGAUUUCUGGACUGUUCACAUAGACUCUUGAGCAAUGUACAUGCGAUAUUUUUAAUCAUUUCAAAAUAAAUGCUGGGGGGGGGGGAGAGAGAGACAAAGUCUCUGAGUGUGAUUUCUCUCUGAUACUAGAUUAUAAAGACUAGCAUCUCAGUGCCCCAAAUUACCAUAAUGGGGAAUGCAACUUCCAACAACUUGAGGAACAAGUUUUUCAGCUCUUGGGAGCCAACUUAGAUCAUGUCAAAGCUACUGCUAAACAUGUUUUUAAAACAUGAACCAGAUAUAUCCUGGUUUAAAACAAUACAACAGCUCCUGAAAACCUUUUAGAAUGAAACAACUUCUCCAAUAGAAAUUUUAUUUUCAUUGCAGAGGAUUCCAAAUGGGACAAGUAGACAGCAAAAACUGCAGUGGAGGUCGCAUUGUUUCAGAGAACUGGAGACUGCUCAUGCUAAAACACUACAAACUUAUAUAUUAGGGAUUUUUUUUUCUUUAACCCAGAUAUCUACCCCAUAGCUGAGUCUUACUACAUACGAAAUAGCUAGAGGUAUGAAUAUUGUUUUAAUUAUAGUAAUUUUUAAAAAUGAAAAUGACCUUUAAAGUUAUUCUGGCAACAACAAAAUGAAAAUAUCUACUCACAAAACUUGGACAUGAGGCCUAACGGUGGGGAAUGGUUGGAAUUAGCACUGUAAGCCACUGCAGGAGCAUUUUUGGCUGAAAGGUGGGAUAUAAAAAAAUAAAUCGGUUCCCAAACUUUGGUCCUCCAGAUGUUUGGGACUUCAGUUCCAAGAAUUCCUGACAGUUGGCCAAUUUGGUUGGGGCUUCUAGGAGUUAAGUACAAAACACCUGGAAGACCCAAGUUUAGGAACCACUGGUCUAAAUAGUUUGGUUGGGACACCAGUACUUUUUUUUACCCCAGCAACUGGAAAUGUAGGUAGUUCGUUGUUGAAUGAGGUCUCAUUCUCCUUUCAUUUUGUUUUGAUAACUAAUGAAAGCUGAGGAGUGGGGCUCUGUUGUCCAUUAAUUCUAUAGUGUAGAAUAUGCACUUUUAAUUUUCACACAGCAGGCCUAUUGAAAAGGUAUAUCUUGGUAAGAGCAGUGCCCAUUGGGUCCUGGGUACCAACUAUUGCUUUCAGACACUUCUUAUGACAUAGAUCGCUUUGGGUAAACAAAUGCUCAACUGGUCGGUGAGGGUGAGUUUUUAGCAACAAACCAUAGUGUGAAUGGAGCAAGGGGAGGAUGGGUAACUGAAGGCAAUAAUUCAGGGUGUACACUGUGCCAUGACUUACUCUUCAUUAUGAGAUGUACAGACUGUUGUGGAUCGAAGCAACAGAUAGGAGUCUGCUUUUGUACUCUUCAGGCACUGCAUUUCUUCCAGGCCCCUCCAUCUUGAAAAUAAUGCACUGUGUUCUACUGACAACAUUACUGAUGGAAAAUCCAUUUUUCAUUUCUUUGGCUCUAGAAUCAUGCUCCUUCCCAACUGCUUUUGCCCUGCUGAAUUGCUGGUGUGUUUACAAUGAGACAUAAUCUCUCUAAUAGCUUAAGAUACAUUCAGAAACUAUGUCAUCUCUAUUUGCUAGCAGUAGUAGCUGCUUGGGUGUUCACUGUGCCUAACACUAUAAUUAAAAUUAGAUUUUGA